CACUGCCCUGCGGCAGCAGCCGUCUCGCUCACGUCAGUGCAGAGAGCCCACCACCUCAUCCUGAGGUCCUGGCUGGCCGCCCGGACCUCCCAGAGGUUCGGCCCCUCGUCACUGGGCUGCCACAUCACCCAAUCGUUGGCCAACAGAUUCCACUUCCACCCCCCCCCAUGAGCCCGUCGCAUGGCCCGUCGUAGCGGAUGAUCUUGGCAUAGUAUGGCACGUAGGGGAGGUGGUGGGCAGGAAUGCCGCUUGCUCGCGGCAGAGAGUGUGGCGCCUUUCUGGCCUUCUGUGCCGCCUUGAUAUCGUUCAGCAGGACGGCCUUUCGCCUCGGUGGUGGUGCUGGGGGAUGGUGGUCGUCCUGGUGGUCAUGGCGGUGGUGCGUCGGUGCUGCCGGAGCGGCCAUCUUCUGCUGGUAUGCGAUCGGCGUGGCCGCUACAGGUGCUGGCGAUGUGUCGGGCGACGCGGGCGGUGGGGGGCAUUGUGCGCCCUGGGGCGAUGCGGCUGUGGAUGGACAAUGCUGUACAACGACGAAAUCUGUCUGUUUUCCUUUUUUCGUCAUCGAAGUAAAGGAUCGCGCUUCUGAAAAGCAGCAGACAAGGCCACUGACGUGGGUAGUCUGGUCUGUGCAGACCAGACUCAGUGAGGCGCUUCCCAACCUUCCAGAAAUGUGUCGAGAAAAUGAGACGGGGAUGAA